AUGAACUGUAAAAAAAAAAAAAAUAGAAAAGCAGUUCUAUACAGUUUAUUCCAGAGGAUGGAAGCAGAGAAAAUACUCCCUACUCAUUCUGUAAGAUCAACAUUACCCUACUAACAAAACCAGACAAAGACAUUACAAGAAUAGAAAAUGAAAGACCAAUCUCUCUCAUGAGCAAAGAUGCAAAAAUCUUUAACGAAAUAUUAGCAAACUGAAUCCAUCAAUGUAGAAAAAGAAUUAUAUACCAUAAUUGAAAUCUAUUCCAGGUAUGCAGUGCUGGUUCAAUAAUCAAAAAUCUGUUAAUGUAAUCCAUCACUUUAACAGGAUUAAAAAGGAAAAAUCACAUGAUCAUAUCACUUGAUACAGGAAAGCAUUUGACAAAACCCAACACACAUUCAUGAUAAAAGCUCUUAGUAAAUUAGGACUAGAGGGGAAUUUCAUUAACUUGAUAAAGAAGAGCCACAUCCAACCUACAGCUAACAUCAUACUUGAGAAACACAAAGCUUUCCCACAAAGAUCAGGUACAAGCUAAGGAGGUCUCCUCUUACCACUCCUUUUCAAUAUUAUAUUGGAAUUUCUAGCUAAUGCACUAAGACAAAAAAAGGAAAUUAAAGGUAUACAAAUUAAAAAGGAAGAAAUUGUUUUUGUUUGCAGACAACAAGAUCAUCUAUGUAGACAAUGUGAAAUAAUCAACAAAACUAGAACCCAUAAGUGAUUAUAGCAAUAUUUCAAGAUAGGAGUUUAAUACACAGAAGUUGGUUGCUUUCCUAUAUGCAAGUAAUAAAGAAGUGAAAUUUAAAGUACAAUAUCACUUAUGUUAGCAUUCCCCAAAAUUAAAUACGUAGGUAUAAAUCAAAAAUAUGUACCAGAUCUAUAUGAGGAAAACUACAAAACUCUGAUGAAUAAAAUCAAAGAAGAACUAAAUAGAGAUGUUUUCUGUUCACGGAUAGGAUGUCUUAAUAUUGUCAAGUUAUCGGUUCUUCACAACUUGAUCUGUAGAUGCAAUACAAAUUUAAUCAGAAUCCAGUAAGUUAUUUUGUGGAUAUCAACAAAGCAAUUCCAAAGCGUAUAUGGAGAGGUAAAACAAAAGAAAACAAAAAACCACAAAGAGCUAACACAGUAUUGAAGAAGAGCAAAGCUGGAAAACUUAUAGUCCUCAACUUCAGGACUUACUAUAAAGCUACACUAAUUAAGAUACUGUUAUUGGCAGAAAAACAGAUGAAUAAAUCAAUGGAAGAAAAUAGAGAGCCCAGAAAUAGUCAACUGAUUUUUGGCAAAGGAACAAAACCAACAUACUAGUGCAAAGAUAGUUUUUUAAACAAAUAGUGCCAGGAACAAGGGGACAUAUACAUGCAGAAAAAUUAAUCUAGACACAGACCUUAAAUUCAUUACUAAAAUGAACUCCAAAUAGAAUCAUAGCUUUAUGUGUAAUAUGCAAAACUAUAAAACUCCUAAAAGAUAAUGUAGGAGAAAAUCUAGACGACCAUGAGUAUGCUGAUGACUUUUUAUAUACAACACCAAAUUCAGGAACCAUGAAAGAAAUAUUUAAAAACAUAUACUACAUUAAAAUUAAAAAACUUCUCUAAAAAAAGAUAAUGUCAAAAGAAGGAGAAGCCACAGACUGGGGGAAGUUUUUUGCAAAAGGUACAUCUGAUGAAAGACCGGCAUUCCAAAUAUGUAAAGAACUCUUAAAACUCUACAAUAAGAAAACAAAAACGUAAUUAAAAAAAUGGGCCAAAACCUUGAAAGAUAACACAUCAGAGAAUAUGGUAAAUAAGCAUAUGAAAAGAUACUUUACAUUAUAUCUCAUUAGGGAAAUGCAAAUUAAGACAAUGAACUAUCCCUAGGUGCCUAUUAGAAUGAUUAAAAUCUGGAACACUGACGAAAAAUUCUGACAAGGAUGUAGAACGAUGGGAAUUUUCAUUAUUUGCUGGUGGAAAUGCAAAAUAGUAGAACCACUUUGGAGGACAGUUGAUCAGUUUCUAGUAAAACUAAUCAUACUUUUACAAUAGGAUACAGAAGUCCUUGUUAUUUAUAUUUACUCAAGUAAGUUGAAAACUUAUGUCCACACAAAACCUGCACAUAUUUAUAAUUACCAAAAUUAUAGCAGCUUUAUUCAUAAUUAUCAAAAUUUGGAAACAACCAAGAUGUCCUUCAGUAGGUGGAUAUACAAACUGGUACAUCCAGACAAUGGAAUAUUCUGUGCUAAAAAGAAAUGAAGUAUCAGUCCAUGAAAAGACGAGGUAACCUUAAAUACAUAUUACUAAAUCCAUGGAGCCAAUCUGAAAAUGUUACAUACAAUGUGAUUUCAAUUAUAUGACAUCCUGGGGUAAUGCAAAACUAUGGAGACACUUAAAAGAUCAGUGGUUACCAGGGGCUAGGGGGAGGCAGUGAUAAGUAAGCAAAGCAGAGCAGAAUUUUUAGGGCUUUGAAACUCUACAGUAUGAUGCAAUAGUGGUAGAUACACACACCUCCUUAUACAUUUGUCCAAACUCAGAAAUUAUUACACUAGGAGUGAACUUUAAUUUAAACUAUGGACUUUGGGUAAAAAUGUUGUGUCAAUGUAGGUUCAUCGGUUGUAACAAAUGUGCCACUCUGGUGCAGUAUUUUGAUAGUGGGAGGGAAUUUAAUAGGAUGUAGGUGCUCUCUGUGAAAUCUCUGAACCUGCCAUUCAGUUUUGCUGUGAACCCAAAACUUCUGUAUGAUAUUACAGAAGGCCUGAUAUAGCCUAUUUUUUUAAAGUAUAUCAUGCAGAGGUUAGCACAUUGAAUAAAUAUACUUUCUAUAUGAUACUUCACAUCUCUCUCACUGCAGUAGAAUGUCUGUCAGAAUAGAAUACCAAGCAGGAGAGACAGUUGUGACCUACACAAGAAUUAUGGACCUAGAAUUCCGCUAGAAGAAGCCAAUUUAAAACAAGAGGAAGAUUGUGUAUUUUUACAUAAGUUAACCUCUCCUUAAUGAUCAUGGCGCUGAAGAUGCUGACAGCUGCCAGUUGCUUUGUGAAGGCCAUGUUGCGACCUUCUCCUCUCUGCCAUUCUUGGGAGAUUUUAUUUGGCCGUGAGACCUCACUGAGGAGCUUCUCUUUUAAACACGGUAUUCCUCCAUCAGCCAAGUAUGGUGGGCGACACACUGUGACUAUGAUUCCUGGGGAUGGCAUCGGGCCUGAACUUAUGCUGCAUGUUAAGACUGUGUUCAGACAUGCAUGUGUGCCUGUGGACUUCGAGGAGGUGAUAGUUAACUCCACUUCUGGUGAAGAGGACGUUCACAAUGCCAUCAUGGCAGUCCGUCGAAACUGCGUGGCCUUGAAGGGCAACAUCGAAACUGACCACAACCUGCCACCGUCUCACAAAUCCUGCAACAAUAUGUUUCGCACCACGCUGGAUCUCUAUGCCAACGUUAUCCAUUUUAAGAGUCUGCCAGGAGUGGAGACAAGGCACAAGGAUGUUGACAUCUUAGUUGUUCGGGAAAACACAGAGGGUGAAUACAGCAACCUGGAGCAUGAGAGUGUGAAAGGAGUGAUAGAGAGCCUGAAGAUCAUUACCAAGGCCAGGUCUUUGCGCAUUGCUGAAUAUGCCUUCCAAUUGGCCCAGGAGAUGGGACGCAAGAGAGUGACGGUUGUGCACAAGGCCAACAUCAUGAAACUGGGAGAUGGUCUCUUCCUACAGUGUUGCAGAGAGGUGGCCUCCCGCUAUCCUCAGCUCACUUUCGAAGGCAUGAUUGUGGAUAACACCACCAUGCAGCUGGUAUCUCGGCCCCAGCAAUUUGAUGUAAUGGUGAUGCCCAAUCUUUAUGGCAACAUAGUCAACAACAUCUGCACAGGGUUGGUUGGGGGAGCAGGCCUCGUGCCUGGUGCAAACUAUGGCCAUACGUACGCAGUGUUUGAAACAGCCUCAAGGCAAUCAGGCAAGAAUUUAGCCAAUAAGAAUAUGGCCAACCCUACUGCCAUGCUUCUGGCAAGCUGCAUUUUGCUGGAUUACCUCAAGCUCCACUCCUAUGCCACCUCCAUUCGCAAUGCAGUCUUGGCGUCCAUGGAGAACAAAGAUGUCCAUACUCCAGACAUCGGAGGUCAGGGUACCACAUCAGAUAUCAUUCAGAAUAUCACAAAUCACAUCAGUACUGUCAAUUAAAUGGUUAUGCCUUGCAGGCUGAGCUACAUCCAAGUCCUUCUCACUCUUCACCUUAUUCUUCUCACUUAGAAACCCUAGCCUGCUUGGCUAGUGUGGACUCUGGAAUAAACUGGCUCCUGCUCCAACUCAGAAGAGGCAGGGGAAGCAAAUCAAAGCUGAUUUUUUCUGUUAAAUUAAAAUGCCAUAAAUGCCAUAAGCAUUGCUUAUUUAAAUUA